CGUCGAUGAUGAUGAUGAUGGCAUUGAAACAACAAACCCCGAGUGGCUGUGGCGAGGGAUAUAAAGUAGAGUAGGUAGGGCUCCUGGAUGUUAUAUUAUUUUAUUAUUUUUAUCAUCAUAUUCAUCCGAACUUAAAACGAUCGGGGGGUUUUUUUGUGAUCGAUUGAUCUAUCUAUCUAUCUAUCUAUCUUAUCCUGUCUGAUCUACUACCGGACAAAACAAAUCGUCAACAGUGAUAAUCAACCAUGUCGUUCAUCACUCGUGUCACUCCUCUCUCCGCGCGGGUUUCUGCCAACACCACGGCCCCCGUCCUGUCCGUGGCUCGGUCCCGUUUCCUCUCCUCCACGGCUAGCUACCAGAAGGGACCAGUCGAGACCACCAAGGAGACUCUGAAGAAGGUCGACCGAACCAUCUCAGAUGCAGCGGUUAAGGGGAUUGAGAAAGGCGAACAGGUGACCGAAAAGGCCAAGGACACCGUCGGCGUCAAGGGCUCCAAAGCCAAGGGCGAGGCCGCUGAACUCACCGGAGAGGCCAAGGGCAAGGCGGAGGAGCUCGCCGGUGAAGCCAAGGGCAAGGCCAAGGAGGCUUCCAGCAAGCUGUCGUAAAUAUUGUCCGUGACGGAACGGGAACAUAAUCUUGUGCAUGAUUUCUCAUCAUAGCGAACGCGGUGCUGCUUUGCAUGUAUAAAUAAUGAAAUGAUUCGUUUCUAUGUAUUAUUCCA